AUGGUGACUCCCGAGUUCGGACCGACCGAGAGGUCAGGCCUUGCGAUCUCGACUCAGGGUCCAGAGUUGGCCGCUCCCAACCACAAUGACAGUGCCUCGUCCCCGAAUCCGGAACGGGAAUCCGUUCCUACUCCGAAAGUAGACGCGCCUGCUCCCGUAUUCAUGAAUCCAACCACCCCAGUGCUGCAGAUUCGAACCGACCUUCCCACUGUCCGGCCAACCAGUUCGCAUCGGGACUCAGACCCUUUAGGCUCGCUGUGCUUAUCGUCCGGCAGCCUGCCGCAGCGCACCCCAAGUCUACGCGCCCUCGCCGCCCCGCCCCUCUCGAGUGCCGGCUCUUUGUCGCCGGCCUCCAUCAUGUCAUCGCCGCAGUUAAACGCCAUGGGUGAUAUCACUCCGCUGCCCUCGCCGAUCGGCGGAGCAGUCCCGUGGCGCCGCGGGGACCUCCCGUCGCUAUCUCGUACCUCGUCCACUGCAUCACGCAGCGGAUCGAGUUUGCGCCUGAGUGACUCAUCCCAGAUGCUGGGCCCGCCGGUAUCACGUCCGCAAGGCAAAACAUAUACAGGACUAGAAAACCCGAGAGAUGACUCGCCGACCAACCGAUUCCGUCGUGACUCGGCCUCGAAGCAUGUCCGCAACCGUAGUCUCAGUGACUAUGCGCCUCCCGGCCGCAUGUCCAUCCCCCGGCCCGUCGCAGUCUCAGGCACGGGUCCCAGCAUUGCACCAUCUUCAAGUACCGACUCGAAGUCUACCGGCAUGCAUCGCGAACAAUAUCUUGCUGUCCACCGGGGCAUCGCCCUCCCCACCGUGCGCCCUCCGAGCCCGCCUCGGAGCAGCGGCAGUGGGUAUGGCGAUAGCGAUACAGAGCCAGUCAUUCAAUACCCGACCCCAUUGUCGACUACCGAAGAGAUAUACUCGGUGAAGUCAGUCCGUACCCAACAGGCUCGAAUCUAUCGAAAGCUUCGACUGCUCGGGCAGGGUACUUUCAGUGAGGUCAGCCUAGCUGCACGAGUGGAAAAUCUGCCAGAGACUCCUCUCUCGCCCCCAACUGAUGGUGCAGGGGACAUGACUCCCUCUGUAAUAACCCAGAAAUUGGUCGCCGUCAAAGUCAUUGAACAUGGCCCAGCCGGUGGUGCAGAUGAAGAACGACUGGAAGUGUCCCUCAAGCGUGAAGUUGAGAUCCUGAAGUCGGUGAACCACCCCUCCCUGGUUCAGCUGAAGGCUUUCGGCAGCGAUGAGAAACGUGCUCUCCUCGUUCUGGACUACUGCCCCGGUGGUGACUUGUUCGAGUUUGCGACAUCCGGUCCGCGACCAAUGUCACCAGGCCUCAUCCAGCGGAUCUUUGCGGAAUUGGUCGAUGCAGUCCGUUAUCUCCAUUCCCACUACAUCGUCCACCGAGACAUCAAACUCGAGAACGUUUUGUUGACCAUGCCUCUGCAUGCCAUGGAAUCUAUCACAGACUGGCACUCUUACGAUCGCGCGGUUGUCACCCUGAGUGAUCUUGGAUUGUCUCGUCGCAUUCCAGAGCCCCCGGAGAGUCCGUUGCUACAAACCCGUUGUGGCAGUGAAGACUAUGCCGCUCCCGAGAUCCUCAUGGGUCAGCCGUAUGACGGCCGUUCCACUGACGCAUGGGCUCUGGGUGUGCUGUUGUAUGCCAUCAUGGAGAACCGCCUUCCCUUUGAUGUUCUCCCUGGCACCCGAGGAGAUCCCGCCAAACUUCGCGCUCGAACUCCACAUCGUAUUGCGCGCUGCGAGUGGAGCUGGUAUCGAUAUGCCAAUGAGGAUGAGGAAUGGGAUCCUGAAAAGGGUCAGGGUCUGGAUGGGGCCCAGAACUGUGUGGAAGGGCUCCUAAAGCGCAACACCAAGCGUAAGACGCUGGAUGACAUUGCCGCCAUCCCGUGGGUGCGAGAUGCGAUCAAUGUGCCUGAUGGCCUGAAGCGAGGAGACAAAGAGGUGCCGUAG